GGUCUAUAUGAAUUAGAAACCAUUCCGGUCGCGUUUCUUCAGUUGGCCGGUUAAAAUGUUGAGUGCCGUGUCGAAAGCAGCUGUUGGCUCCCUAAGGGCCGUCAAACCCACCCUUCUUCAAAAUGAAGUUGCUAAAAUUUCAGGAGCACUGUCAGUGAACAGUAGGGAUUAUGCCAAAGCUGCUAACUCUAAGGGUGGUGCCCAAGGAAAAGUUGUGGCUGUCAUUGGUGCUGUUGUUGAUGUACAAUUUGACGAUUAUCUUCCACCAAUUCUGAAUGCCCUGGAAGUCCAAAAUCGCUCUCCCAGGCUGGUCCUUGAGAUAGCUCAGCAUCUGGGAGAGAACACAGUACGAACCAUUGCUAUGGAUGGUACCGAAGGUCUGGUACGCGGUCAUAUUGUUUUGGAUUCUGGAUACCCUAUUCGUAUCCCUGUUGGUGCAGAGACUUUGGGUCGCAUCAUUAAUGUUAUUGGUGAACCAAUUGAUGAACGUGGACCCAUUCCUACUGACAAACUUGCAGCCAUUCAUGCUGAUGCUCCCGAAUUCGUAGACAUGUCUGUAGAGCAGGAGAUUCUGGUAACUGGAAUUAAAGUUGUAGAUCUCCUUGCUCCUUACGCCAAGGGAGGAAAGAUUGGUUUGUUCGGCGGCGCCGGUGUCGGUAAAACUGUAUUGAUUAUGGAGCUGAUCAAUAACGUAGCCAAAGCCCAUGGUGGUUAUUCUGUAUUUGCUGGCGUGGGUGAGCGUACACGUGAAGGCAACGAUUUGUAUCAUGAAAUGAUUGAAUCUGGUGUAAUUUCACUGAAAGAUAAGACCUCCAAGGUAGCUCUGGUAUAUGGACAAAUGAACGAACCACCGGGCGCUCGCGCUCGUGUUGCCUUGACUGGUUUAACCGUUGCCGAAUAUUUCCGUGAUCAAGAAGGACAAGAUGUACUGCUGUUUAUUGAUAACAUUUUCAGGUUUACUCAGGCUGGUUCGGAAGUAUCGGCUUUGUUGGGUCGUAUUCCAUCAGCUGUAGGUUAUCAGCCAACUUUGGCAACUGAUAUGGGUAGUAUGCAGGAGCGUAUUACGACAACGAAAAAGGGAUCUAUCACAUCUGUGCAGGCUAUUUAUGUACCUGCUGAUGACUUGACAGAUCCCGCACCCGCCACCACCUUUGCUCAUUUGGACGCUACUACCGUGUUGUCUCGAGCUAUUGCCGAACUUGGUAUCUAUCCUGCUGUCGACCCCCUCGAUUCUACUUCCCGUAUCAUGGACCCCAACAUCAUCGGUGCUGAGCAUUACAACGUUGCUCGUGGUGUGCAGAAAAUUCUGCAAGAUUACAAAUCACUUCAAGAUAUUAUUGCUAUCUUAGGUAUGGACGAAUUGUCCGAAGAAGACAAACUCACUGUAGCGCGCGCGCGUAAGAUUCAGAGGUUCUUGUCUCAACCAUUCCAGGUUGCCGAGGUGUUCACCGGUCAUGCCGGCAAAUUAGUACCACUACAAGAAACUAUUAAAGGAUUCCAAAAAAUCUUAGGUGGUGAAUACGAUCAUCUGCCAGAAGUCGCAUUCUAUAUGGUCGGGCCAAUCGAAGAAGUAGUAGCAAAGGCAGAAACAUUGGCCAAACAAUAAAUGAACUCGCGUUCAUCGUAAUCGUGUCAUUAAAAAAAUAAUUAAAACGAUCUUCUAAUAAUA